AAAAGAAUAUUAUGAAAUUAUUAACCUAGUUGAAAUUUAUUUUUCAGAGCUCUCAGAAUAGACUGCUUAUCAAGAAUGGCAAAAUAGUGAACGCAAAUGGAAUCACAGACAAUGAUGUAUUCAUUGAAGAUGGAAUUAUCAAGCAACUUGGUCGCAACUUGAUUAUUCCUGGAGGUACCCGCGUCAUCGAUGCUCGUGGAAACUUUGUCAUUCCAGGAGGAAUUGAUCCACACACACAUCUCGAGCUGAAACUGAUGGGAGCCACCUCAGUGGACGAUUUCUACCAAGGAACCAAAGCUGCUAUUGCUGGAGGGACAACCAUGAUCAUGGACUUUGUUAUUCCCGACAAGGGCGAAUCACUGCUAGAAACCUACCAAGUUUGGCGUCAAAAAGCCGAUGAGAAAGUAUGCUGUGACUAUGGACUUCAUGUAGCUGUUACAUGGUGGUCAGAUGAGACCACUAGGAAAGAGAUGGAAAUACUGUGCAAAGAACAUGGCAUCAACUCAUUCAAAAUGUUCAUGGCAUACAAGGGUGCCCUGAUGGUUACUGAUCCUGAACUCUAUAAUAUUUUCGAAGUGUGCAAGGACGUUGGAGCUCUUGCCAUGGUUCAUGCUGAGAAUGGUGACAUUAUUGUUGAGAAUACAAAGCGAUUACUAGCUAAUGGCGUCACUGGACCAGAAGGACAUGAACUUUCAAGACCAGAAGAAAUCGAGGCUGAAGCAGUGAAUAGAGCAUCUGUCAUCGCUAAUCAGGUCUCGUGUCCUCUCUAUGUUGUUCACGUGAUGAGUGAGUCAGCGGGGAAUCAGGUGUCGAGAAUACGCCAGUUGAAACAGGAAGGUGAAAGCAAACUGAUCGGUGAAACACUGGCUUGCGCCCUGGGAACAACAUGGGCGUGCUGCUCUGGCAAGCCGUGGAGUUUCCAGGCCGCUCAUAUCCUCAGUCCACCUCUCAGACCUAAGGAGUCAACGCCAACUCAUUUGAUGCAUCUUUUGCAAGAAGAUGGGCUGUCGUUGGUUGGUAGCGACAAUUGCACAUUUACUCUGGAUCAGAAGAAGGAGUUGGGCACCGAUUUCUCGAAAAUCCCGAACGGUGUGAAUGGAGUCGAAGACAGAAUGUCUGUUGUUUGGGAGAAGGGCGUUGAAGCUGGAAUAAUUGACGUGACUCGGUUUGUUGAAAUUACCAGUACCAAUGCAGCUAAGAUCUUCAACAUCUAUCCUCAAAAGGGUUGUAUAGCUGUAGGAUCUGACGCUGAUAUCGUAAUUUGGAAUCCAAGGAAAACUCGAGUCAUCUCUGCUAAAACCCAUCAUCAUGCGAACGACUUCAAUAUCUUUGAGGGAAUGGAGUGUCAUGGCGUUCCGGAAUAUGUGAUCGUUAAUGGCCGAGUUUGUGUGGAUGAGGGAGAACUGAAGGCAGUCCAAGGAUUCGGAAAAUUCGUUCCCACUCCGACUCAUUCUCCAUAUCUUUAUGGAUCUGGCGAACAGGAUGGUGAAGCUGAACUGAACGGAGUUCCCCAGCCAGUGGAAGUGACCGUCGACGAUGUCCGCGAGAAAGUGAAAAACAUGAAAGUGAAUGGAGCCGAGAGCGUGAAAUCUGUGAGGAGCAGCUCUGCUAGUAUCUUUGGGGAUGGAGACCCUCUACCAUUCACCACCGGAAAAGCAAUGCGUCAAGAAGGCCAAAGGAACCUUCAGGAUUCUACUUUCUCAAUCAGCUCUGAUUUGGACGACGGUGGACACAGAUCUUGCAUCAGAGUCAAGAAUCCGCCAGGUGGCAAAUCAUCAGGUGGCUUCUGGGAAGCGGACGAAUAAGGUUUGGAUGACGAAAUGCAACAUGGAAUCCUUAUUUUAAUUAUUAAAUAAGGAAAGACGUUAAUGAAUAUAUUGCGGGAUGGCGAUUGUGACUGUUUUAAGUUUUAUUCGAUCAAUCAAAAUUAUGUCUAUGAUCAUUUUUUCUUAAUUCAUGCUUUAAUAUUGGUACAUUAGAUACCUUUUUUGGAAGAGACAAAAGUAAUGUCCCUUGUAUUAUUUAAUGUUAUUUAAAACGUUAUUAAGAUUGGUUGUGUUUAAACUUGUCUCUGUUAUAGACGAUGACGUUGAGUUAUUAAUUAAUUGUACUUGUUAAUUACAAUGUUCGAAAUUUGUUGUUUAUGAAUUAUAUAAUGUAAUUGAAAUACCAAAAAUUUCUAUAAACUAUAUGUAUGAUGAAUAACAAUUAUUGAUGAAUGUGAAUUUUAUAUGAUAUGUUUGUGCUUACUUCAUGUAAAAGAUGUUGUCAUAUAAUAUUCUGAUAAAUUACACCUAUUCAUAAGAUGACCAUGCAAUUAACGUCUUGAAAGUUCUUCUAUUGGUUUCUAGAUGAUAAUUAUACAUUUUUUCUUGUUAGAAAUUGAAAUGUACAAUUUAUAUUAUAGUUAUACUGUUUUUAUUUCCUGUGUGAUAAAUUAAUGUACAAAUUUUGAUUGCAAUUUUUCAAUAAAAUCAUUUGUAUUUGUUUCAAAGCUCUA